AUCUCCGAUUUUGUGGUUCAACAGCUGAUUUACUCUGGCUUGGAUUUGUGAGCAUGGGCAGGACAUCAAAAGAUAAGCGGGACAUAUUUUAUCGCCUUGCAAAACAACAAGGCUGGAGAGCUAGGAGUGCAUUUAAAUUGCUGCAAGCAGAAGAAACGUUUCAUUUGCUGGAUGGCGUCACACGAGCCGUGGAUCUUUGUGCGGCUCCUGGAAGCUGGUCGCAGGUAUUAUCAAAACAUAUGUACGAGCCGCGAACCCCUGAAGAACGGGAACAGGUAAAAAUCAUUGCUGUGGAUAUGCAGGGAAUGGCACCAAUCGAUGGAGUCAAGCAACUGAGGGCCGAUAUUACCAAAGAGUCCACUGCCAAAGAGAUAAUUGAAUACUUCGGGGGUCAAAAAGCACAAUUGGUUAUCUCAGAUGGCGCACCAGAUGUUACUGGACAACAUGAUCGUGAUGCCUAUAUGCAAGGACAACUUUUACUGGCUGCCCUAAGCAUUGCCACCUACAUCCUAGAGGAGGGAGGAUCUUUUGUCGGCAAAGUCUAUAGGGCUGGAGACAUAAGUAGUGUCUAUGCACAAUUCCAACGAUUCUUUAAAGAUGUUUGUCUCUUUAAGCCAUCCGCCUCUCGAAAUUCAAGCAUCGAGGCAUUUGUGGUUGCUCGACAAUUUAAUCUUCCUGACGGUCAUAUACCCUGUAAUCUCAUUACUGAGUGGUAUAAUCAACCCACGGAGUGGCUGAAACCCAUUACACAGGAACCAAAACAAAUCAAUUUACCAUUCGUGGCCUAUAAAGGGGAUUUGGAUGCAGACCGUACCUAUGAAUUGGAUGAGGACUAUAAAUAUGAAGAAGCGGUUCAAAAGCCUUUAACAGCAGCCUAUCAAGAUGUACUAAAAAAGACCCGUGAAGUUUCCAUUAAAUAUAAUUCCAUUAAAAUUAUCCAUAGUGAGGUGGAUAAUGCAAAUCAGACUUGAGGGAAACAAAAUUAUCUUUAGGAUUAACUUAUGAUAAGUCAAAUAACAUUUGAUGCAACAAAAAUUGGGUGCUUUUUUAGAUUUCAUUAUAUUCAACAUAAAUCAAAGAUGAUUUAUAACAAUUACCUUCAA